UACGGCAGCAGCAGCCGCAGCAGCAGCAGCAGCAACAGCGAACGCCUCAGCGUUCCUCAGACAGGAUGGUUCUUCUACGACUGCUCACCUUUACACUCUUGUCCAGCUACUUCCAUCCAGGAACAGUAGUGGACGCACAGCCACAGCCCUCCAUCAUACCUUUUUUGGAGAUAUUCCCUCAGGACAAAGUCUAUGAAGGAGACAAGCUCAGCAUCACGUGCAACAUCACAUGCACCAUCAGUCUGUGCAGCUCUAAUAAUACGCCCAUCUACUUGGACCUGAGGCACAGGACCAAAACUAUCCCCAUCUACACCAUUGAUGCACAGACAAAGAACCCGCUGGAUUUCGAGUGCAGAUUUGGGAUGGGAAAUGGAACAAAAAACUCCAACCAGAGAGCUUCAGUGACCGAACUGUUUUCAUCACCCACGCUCACCAUGAACCCUGCUGACGUCUUUAAAGGAGACUUCAUGUCACUGACCUGCAAAAGUGAGAGCUAUGCGUCUGAGAGAAUCCACAAGGAAGAGCUGACUUACACUCUUGAGCCGUCCAACACUUCUCUGAACUCCACCGAGCUGGGAGUGUUUUCUGUCAAAGCCCUGACCUUUGAUUUCAACUACACCUGUGUGGCUCAAGCCAAAGGCAUCAAGAAGCGCAGUGAAACCCUGACUGUGCGUCCUAAAGACCCACCUCUGACCGCCCCCGCUGACUCACCGAAAAUCCCAGAGGGAAAGCAGUUGACGACCACCGCUAACAAGAACAUCACAGAAUUCCAGAUCAAGAAGUUAUGCAAAGAGCACAGUGGCACGUACAACAGUGAGGUCACCAAAGAGGGUGAGGCUGGUCACAUGGCGCUGUGGAAGGAAGCCGUGAUCGGGGGAGUUUGCCUGCUGGUGGGGUCGGCGCUGAUGUGUGUGCUGUACAAAUUCAUGAUGGGUAGAGGAAGCUAUAGUAUCGCUACGAGGGCUGGGUAUAACCAACAAAUUCCUGAACCGAAUUGAUCCCGAUUCACAAAGUCUCAAUUCAAUUCAAUUCCACAAUUCAGGAAUAUUACAGUUACAAUACUCUUAGUUGGUAAUGUUUUUUUUUCUUUCUAUCUAUCUAUCUAUCUAUGGUGGGCCACAUGAAAUGGAUUGGAGAGCAGCAUGUGGCCCGCGAGCCACAAGUUUGAGCAUAAACUUAUUCCAGGUUUGAAAGGGUUUGUUGGGGAACAGUACUCCAAAAGUAAAAGGGCGCAUAUUCCAUGGCUUGAAUCCCUAUCUAUCGAUAAUUUUUAUUUCUACUUGAAGCUCAGUUUAUUCUUCUAAUUAGUUUUGUUUAUGUUUCCUCCAUCAUUUGACACAUAUGGUUGUGGCUUACAUGUAUAAAUUCAACAUUAUAUCCGUCAUAUAACUAUAAAAACAACGCCUAAACUUAGAUUUCGACAUGACUUUUGUUUUUUAUGCAUGUGUCACAAUGAAAGAAAGUGCCAUUGGCAGUUGUGAAAGUUAGCUGGCCAGCUAAUUCACCUUUUCACUGGCACGAGGAAUUUGACGUUUAGACAAAGAGGGUGAAUUGGUUGUUUUUCGUCUUUUUCUGUUGAAUUGUUGAGUGGCAAAUCACAUCACUAUCUAUGUUAUAGCUUUAGUUACCGUUUGUUUUUCAAAAUUUGACUUUGAAAUGCACCAACCCAGCAGCUCUGGUUGUCGCUAGCUAGCUAGCGAGGUAGCUGAAAACAUAACGUCACUUUAACCUAGCUUUUUCUGGCCGAUAAUAACGUUCACUUACAAAGGUCAGUGUCAGUUUAAUGCAAACCUGCUGACCUUACUUUGCCUUAUGAAGAUAUAAAGCCACACAAGAGCAAGUUUCCAGUGUAGCUGCACUAAAAAAUUCAGACAUAAUAAUGAAUAAAAAAGAUCCUGCAGUUACUUAGCAACACCAGCGCCUGAAGAUGAUUGACAGAGACUGGCAAUGAUUCAAGAGUGAAAAACUCCCCACCCGGAAUGAGCUGCUCCCAAAAUGUAUAUUAAAAACAUCAGACCACAUAUUUACCUAAUGCUUAACGUUCAAACAUGUCAUAUAAACACGUGUGUGUUGGUUUAUUUUUUUAUGUGUAGCAUUGUGUUAUGUUUUGUGAAUGAAAAG